AGCGGCAUCAAGACCCCUAUAUUUAUUGCAAUGUUUAAGGUGAAACAAUGGCAUGAUACCCUAAUUUCUCUUCUUUUUUUUUCUUAGUAAUUUGAUAGGAGGACUUGAUGCUUCAGGUUCUUUUCUCCCCCAUCUUUUGGGGAUAUUUUCCUUCCUCUACAAAACCAGAUAACUAUCCUACUCACCUCUCUUUACCCCCUCAAAACGUAGUACUUGAGUGCCUAAACAAACAAGCAAUGCUAGAUAUGAAAAUUAUAUAAAAACUAUUUAUUUUGAGUACUUGUCUAAAGAGUCUGAAAGCAUUGAAGUCAUUUUCCAAGGGCCUAAACCAAUUCCCUUCAAAGUUGUUUAGACUCUCUCUCUUUCUCUCUCUCUCUCUCUUUAAAUCACCCACCAUUGAUCGCGCUUGUUUGGAUCAUAUCAAAGUCUUCCCAAUUCCAGAGAGAUUCCAUAUCUCAACUUUCUCAAGUAGAGUAAAAAGGAUAGAAAAAUGGAAGUAGAACAACAACUCAAUACAUGGGAAGGCUAUGUGGAUUGGAGGAACAAACCUGCACUUAGAGGCCGCCAUGGCGGCUUUUUCGCCGCCUACUUUGUUUUGGUUGUGGAGGUAUUGGAGAACUUGGCAUUUCUGGCAAAUGCAAGCAAUUUGGUGCUAUACAUGUCCGACUAUAUGCAUUUUUCGCCAUCGAAAUCGGCCAAUUCUGUGACAAAUUUCAUGGGGACUGCCUUCCUUCUUGCCCUCCUUGGCGGUUUCUUAUCGGAUGCUUUCUUCACUACUUAUCUUAUCUACCUGAUGUGUGCAGUGGUUGAAUUUCUGGGCUUGAUCGUACUGACAGUACAAGCUCACUCGCCCUCCCUAAAACCACCACCAUGCCCUACAGUCGCCGCCACCAACCCCACCACCACCCCCCUAUGCCAGGAAGUCAGCGGUGGCAAAGCAGCAAUGCUAUUCACGGGCUUAUACUUGGUGGCGCUUGGCGUUGGAGGCAUAAAAGGCUCGUUACCAUCACACGGAGCAGAGCAAUUCGACGAGAGCACGCCCAAGGGGAGGAAGCAGAGGUCGACAUUCUUCAACUACUUCGUCUUCUCUCUGUCUUGUGGCGGCUUAAUCGCCGUGACAUUAGUGGUGUGGAUUGAAGACAACAAGGGUUGGCAAUGGGGCUUUGGGUUAUCAACUUUGGCAAUACUGUUGUCUCUGCCUGUUUUUCUUGCUGGGUCUUGUUUUUACAGAAACAAAGUGCCUAGUGGAAGUCCACUUACAACCAUAUGCAAGGUUCUUCUAGCUUCCACACUAAACUCCUGCAUGAGCAGAACUUCGAGCAAUGCUAUCGCGAGCAUGGCGACAAGCCCAUCUCCACCCGCAAUCACCAAAGAAGAAGAACAACAAUCAAUCACCAAAGCCAUAGAACCCAUUGAAACCCCAUCAAAAAGCCUCAAAUUCCUCAACAGAGCAGUGGCUGACAGACCAGUCCACAAAUCACUACAUUGCUCAACACAAGAAGUCAAAGAAGUGAAAAUUGUCCUAAAAGUCCUCCCGAUUUUCGCCUGCACAAUCAUGCUGAACUGUUGCCUAGCCCAACUCUCCACUUUUUCAGUCCAACAAGCUGCCACAAUGGACACCAAACUCGGCUCCCUAAAAGUCCCCCCGGCCUCCCUCCCAAUUUUCCCUGUCCUCUUCAUCAUUGUCCUUGCACCGCUCUAUGACCACUUCAUCAUCCCAUUCGCGCGAAAAGUCACCAAAUCUGAAAUGGGUAUUUCUCAUCUCCAAAGAAUCGGAUUUGGGUUAGUCUUGUCGAUUAUAGCAAUGGCAGUGGCGGCUCUAAUUGAAAUUAAACGUAAGCGAGUCGCUUAUAACUCAGGACUCAUCGAUUCUCCUAACAAUCCGUUACCCAUCUCAUUUUUCUGGAUUGCUUUCCAGUACUUGUUUUUGGGCUCAGCUGAUCUCUUCACAUUGGCUGGAUUGAUGGAAUUCUUCUUCACUGAGGCCCCAAUUAGUAUGCGAUCGCUGGCGACUUCUCUCUCCUGGGCUUCUCUGGCAAUGGGGUACUAUCUCAGCACUGUGAUUGUGUCAAUUGUUAACUGUGUCACUGGCAAUUCCAAGCACAAACCAUGGCUCUCUGGUACUAACUUGAAUCACUUUCACUUGGAGAGGUUUUAUUGGCUAAUGUGUGUGCUAAGUGGAUUGAAUUUCUUGCACUACCUCUUUUGGGCAAAUCAGUACAAGUAUAGAUCAAAAAAUGCCAACAAGUAAAAUGAGCUGCUAAUAUCAGCCGAUACAUAUCGGGAUUUUGGAUCAGACAGUAGUUUCAUGUUAAUACCAUUUUAAAUGGGGAACCAAACAUGCAUUGCCAGGCAAGGCAAAAACCCUUUUGAUUGUAAAUAUGGAUUGACGGAGAUUUGCUGCAUAUCAUAAGAUAGGACAUGUUUGGAUGAUGUGAUGAAACUAGUUCACAACUGGGAUCUACAGACCUCCUUUUGUAAUAAUCACUGGUAAUGUAAUAGAAUGGACAUCAAAAUGGUUUAUGCUCAUAGAUCACUUGUAAUGUAUAUUGGAAUUUGGAAA